AUGGCUGCUAGAGUUGCUUCACCACUUUCUUGUUUGUGCUUGUGUUUGGCCUUGUUUCUCAUCAGCCUUUGGCUACCGUUUGCAACUCCUCGCAGGCUGGAAGAGGAAUCCUCAUCGUCAAUGUCGGCGAGGUUUGAGCAAUGGAUGGCUCUUCAUGGCCGCCAGUACAUGGAUGCACAAGAGAAGGAGCAACGCUCCCAGAUAUUCGAGGAAAAUCUGAAAUUCAUAGACUCUGUGAAUGCGGGGGGCCGACCUUACAAACUGAGCGCGAACAAGUUUGCAGACCUCACCAACGAUGAAUUCAGGGCCAUGCACAUGGGCUUCAAGGGUCAUGAAUGCCCCACGAGGGCAUCUGAUGCUCCCUUCAUGUAUGCCAAUGUUUCAGCACCGGCCAGCAUGGAUUGGAGGAAAAAAGGGGCUGUUACUCAAGUCAAGGAUCAAGGCCAAUGUGGUUGUUGUUGGGCAUUUUCUGCUGUUGCUGCCGUGGAGGGCAUAACCCAAAUCAAGACUGGGAAGUUGGUAUCUCUAUCUGAGCAAGAAGUGGUAGACUGUGACACCAAAGGAGAAGAUCAGGGCUGCAAUGGAGGCUUCAUGGAUGAUGCAUUCGAGUUUAUCAUAAACAACCACGGCCUGACCACCGAGGCUAAAUACCCCUACAAGGCAGUUGAUGGUACGUGCAACACCAAAAAGGCAUCCUCCGGUGCUGCUAAAAUCACAGGAUAUGAGGAUGUUCCUACAAACAAUGAGAAGGCACUGGUCAAGGCCGUUGCCAACCAGCCCGUCUCCGUCGCCAUUGACGCGAGUGGGUAUGAAUUCCAGUUCUACUCUGGGGGUGUCUUCAAUGGCGAUUGUGGUACAGAGCUAGACCAUGGUGUAACUGCAGUAGGGUAUGGAGUUUCUAGUGAUGGGACUAAAUAUUGGCUAGUGAAAAAUUCAUGGGGCGAGGAAUGGGGAGAGAAAGGAUACAUAAGGAUGCAGCGGGAUGUUGCCUCAAAAGAGGGCCUUUGUGGCAUAGCGAUGGAAGCGUCCUACCCUACUGCAUAA